GCACGUAUUGACGAACUGGAACUACGUUUAGCCAACUUAGUGGCCCAGCUUCGUCCCGGUCAUUUGCCACAAUCGUCACCAUCUUCACCGUCAGCAUCUUCAAACGAAUUAAAAAAUGACACCCAGUCGGAUACAUCUCAGACAGCUUCCACCAUCUCAAAUAGCAGUCUGUCUUUAACGUUACCUACGGCUAUAGCACCCCCACCUCCACCUCCACCACCUACAUUUGACGCCCCACUUGAUUGGACUCCCACGUAUGGACCGUGGCCGCAGAUCGAGGAGGAGUGGCUGGAAGAAGACGGAGUGGUCGAAACUGAAGGCGAUGAAGAGUAUGUGCACGUAGGUCACCAUCCUGCAUCAAGCAACACGAAAACCCGAGGCGACGGUCGGGUUUCAGAUUCAAUCUCCUCGGGUUCAUCCGUCCCGUCUUCUAUCUCCCCGCGAGCAAUCGCAGUCAGUCCUCCUGCUGACGCUUCUUCACAUACGUCUAGAGCGUCCAUGUAUCGCUCGUUUUCGGAAGAAGAGUUGACUCUUACUCGAGAGCUGUCAGAUUGGUUACAGCUGGUUGCGAAUUGGUUCAGAACGCCGUGGUCCUACAUCAGUUUAUUACUGCCAAAGCACUGGUUAUCUCAUAUGACUCCACUGAGUAGUAACACUAUCGGAGUAAGUAGUAAAAAUCUGUUGGCUAUCCAUAUGUUUUUGGUGUUUGAUACAAGCUUUAAUGCAUUGAGUGCAUUCUAUGAUCACGUGUGUGUACGUCUGUUUUUCCAUUGUCGUGAGACUAUUCCCGUCACUCCUCGCCUCACCACCGUCACGUUUGGUUUCACUCUCCCCGGUGUCUUGGCACAGAUGAUCUACAUGGCUUUGCUUCAUCUGGCCUUUGCUGUCUGCUCACAUUUGCUGAUCUAUUGGACCUGGCUUCGACCUUGCAGUCGCAAAUGGCAACCGGACUUGCUGGCUCUCUCUCAUUCCUCGUACACCCCUUUGCCAUUGGUGCCUUUGAACAGUUCAGUCGGUUGUCAUUCGAUCAAACAGCGACCCACAAAACGGAAGGACAAUCUUUCAGGAAGUUCACAUUAUUCCAAACAGAUCAAGGCGCACCCUACGGAACAGUCAUGCGUAACCAAUGUCGCACCGUCUUCGCUUGUUUCAUGGAAUCAUGCGAGUGAGAUGAAGGGUACCAAACGACCGAUAAACGGAAAUGCAGUCCAUACGAUCGUGCUGACAGUAGUGCCUCAGAUUGAAACACUGCAGCUGUUCUCCUAUGUCCUAUCUCGACUACCGUCCAAAUUGCACCGAAUCCUCCUCGCUAGAACGGAACCGGAGUGCAGGUACUAUUCGGAGCCCGGAGCCGAAAUUCGUCCAUCAGUCGCUCCCCAACCCUGCUCCCGUCUACUCGCCCGACCCGUAGUCGAAGCCGGUCUAACAACUGGCACAAGCGAACCCCAUCCAGAGGCGGCCUGUGCUAUUACCACAGACGUUUUGGAAAUCUAG